CAAAUCUCCUCCAUCCCCCACAACACAACUCUCCUCUCCUCCCCAAGGCCGUGAAGGCGCGAAACUAGCAGUGUUGAUAUGCUCGUUGCCUAGCCUUCACGAAUCAACAUGUCGUUACCCCGCCGACGCGUCAGUCUAGGCCCGCGAUCUCUGCGAUCCCCGCUAGCGUGCUCCCGCUGACCUCGCCCGCUCCCUCUUGGGAUCGCUUUGCUUUCCGAGCUAGCUUUCCGCAGGGCUCCCCCCCACUGCUGUCAUCGCAACAGAGUUUCGCCGCCAAGCUCAGUUGCAGGCGGCUGUCUCAUCGCCCAGCAGGUGAUCUGCUGCAGUGGUGCCUUGAAGCCGUCCUUCGUCCUCGCGUCCCAACCCGCCCUCCCCUUCACCCACCCGCUUGUCCUUCUCUUGCCGCUCUCCCACCUCCGAGGAAGGAGUCCCUCCUCCUCCCUCCUCCUCCCUCCUCCUCCCUCCUCCUCCCUCCUCCACCCCCCCCCCCCCCCCCCCUUCCCGCCUGCACCUGCGCGCGCUAACCACUCCCCGUCGCAGGGUCUCGUCCCACUUCUGCCAGCAGUCCACCAGUCGCUCGGCCCCGCGGGUUUUCUCAUUGGGACGGCCGUUUGGAGUCUCGCACCUGGGCGCGCCUGGCGGCAGCAUGGGAGGCAGCGAGGAGCGAGGGCAGCGGGCGGACGGGGGCGAGGAGCGCCGGAUGGGGUGGAUGGCGGCAGUGGCGAUCGGAGCCAUCACUCCGGGACUUAAUCGCCCCACGCUGGUGCUCGUCAACCUCGUUCUCGCGGGUCUCUUCCUCUCCUUUGCCGCUCUGCUGCCCGCCGCCCUGCGCUACUCCAGGGACCCGUCCAGUAGUGCCGCUGCUGCCAGCGCUGCCAGCAGGGGCAGCGCAGCAAGCGGCAGCGGGGGCAGCAGUGAGAUGCUGCACCAUGUGCUGUUCCUUCUGGCGCUCACUCUCCUGCUCAUUGCAGCGCUCAACUGGUUGGCGUGGGAGGUGGGUACGGUGUCGCCGCACUCUCAGGCACGAGCGCUGCUGUCCCCUCCCACCGAGGAUGGUGCACAGCAGGGCGCACCCACGGCGAGAGAGGCAAGCAGCAAGGCCAAGAAGAAGCACCGAGCCAACAAGCAGAGGUCCAAGGGACGACGCUGAUUCCCCCACCCCGGCCCCCCACCUGUGCAUGCACCAACCAUUCGUUUCCCCCAUUUGUUUAUCUAGCGCUGGUGCUCUUCCACUGCGAGUGCCCUUCUAAGUGCAGUUUUCCUCAUUACAGUCGAAGUCCCCAUAAGUGCAUGGAAUCCAUGAAAAUUGUACAGAAAGACAAGCUUU